AUGAUGCAGCUACUACGACAACCACAGCUCCUACAACUCCAACUCACCUACCACAACAUCCCCUUCGACAACUGUAGCUCCAACAACGCCAAUCACAACCGAAGGUCCUACUACCAUUUUAACUCCUACGACAACCACAACUGGAGCACCUACAGCAGCCACAACAACAACUGUAGCACCUACGACAACAUAUUUUUCGACAACUGCAGCUCCAACAACUGUAGCUCCUACAUCGCCAAUCAAAACUGCAGGACCUACUACCAUUCUCUUACAACGCCAAUCAAAACUGCAGGACCUACUACCAUUGUAAGUCCUACGACAAACACAAAUGUAGCUCCUACAGCAACCACAAUAGAAGCUUCUGCUACAACAACUGUAGAAACUACGACUACCACAACAACAUCCCCUACGAGAACUGCAGCUCUUACUACAACUACCGUAGCUCCUACGGCCACUACAACUGCAGCAGCUCCAACAACAACUGUAGCUGCUACCUCAACCACUACAGCAUCCCCUACUGCAACUAGAAAUGAAGAUCCUUCUACAAUAACCACAACAACGGUAGCUGCUUCCACAACCACUACUGCAUUACCUACUGCAACCACGACUGCAGCUUCUUCCACAACCACUACUGCAGCCCUUACUGCAACCACAAUUGAAGCUUCUUCUUCAACAACUACUGCAGCCCUUACUGGAACCACAACUGAAGCUUCUUCUAAAACAACUAUAGCACCUACGACAACCACAACAAUCUCCCCUUCGACAACUGUAGCUCCAACAACGGCAAUCACAAUCGAAGGUCCUACUACCAUUUUAACUCCUAGGACAACCACAACUGUAGCACCUACAGCAGCCACAACAACAACUGUAGCACCUACGACAACAUCUUUUUCGACAACUGCAGCUCCAACAACUGUAGCUCCAACAACUAUAUCACCUACGACAACCACAACAAUCUCCCCUUUGACAACUGUAGCUCCAACAACGCCAAUCAAAACUGCAGGACCCACUGCUUUUGUAAGUCCUACGACAAAUACAAAUGUAGCUCCUACAGCAAGCACAACAGCAAUUAGUACAACAAAUGUUGCUCCUAAGAUCACUACAAAUGCAGCAGCACCAACUGUAGCUGCAUCCACAACCACUACUGCAGCCCCUAUGGCAACAACAACUCUAGCUCAUACAACAACAACGUUAUCUACAAUAGUAAGCACAACAGCAGCUGCAACGACAACCACUGCAGCUUCUAUAACAUCUACAACAAGCGCAACAAUACCACCUACGGCAACAACUACAGCUUCUACUACGACAAAAAUGGUAGAUCCUGCGACCACCACAAAUGAUGCAGCUACUACGACAACCACAGCUCCUACAACUCCAACUGUAGCUUCUUCCACAAGAACAAGUGCAGCCCCUACUACAACCACAACAGAAGCUUCUUCUACAACAACUGUAGAAACUACGACUACCACAACAACAUCCCCUACGACAACUGCAGCUCCUACUACAACCACCGGAUCUCCCACGGCCACUUCAACAGCAGCAGCGCUUACAACAACUGAAGCUGCUUCCACAAGCUCUACCGCAGCCCCUACUGCAACCACAACAGAAGCUUCUUCUACAACAACUGUAGAAACUACGACUACCACAACAACAUCACCUACGACAACUGCAGCUCCUACUACAACCACCGGAGCUCCCACGGCCACUUCAACAUUAGCAGCUCUUACAACAACAACUGAAGCUGCUUCCACAAAUCACUACAAAUGCAGCAGCACCAACUGUAGCUGCAUCCACAACCACUACUGCAGCCCCUAUGGCAACAACAACUCUAGCUCAUACAACAACAACAACGUUAUCUACAAUAGCAAGCACAACAGCAGCUGCAACGACAACCACUGCAGCUUCUAUAACAUCUACAACAAGUGCAACAAUACCACCUACGGCAACAACUACAGCUUCUACUACGACAAAAAUGAUAGAUCCUGCGACCACCACAAAUGA